AUGAUCGUACGAAUCACAGAAGAUGGUAUGCCGCAAAGUAUCAUACGCGAAAUUUCGGCCCUGCGAGCUCUGCAUAAUUUGGAUAAUCCAAAUAUUGUCAAGCUUCACGAUGUCUUUCAUGAACAGAUUGACAAAGGUGAAAUGUGUUUGAGCGUUGUGUAUGAAAAAUGCGACUGGGAUCUGUAUGAAUUCUUGCGUACCAUUCCUCGUGAUAUGGGUGAUCACCAAUGUCGACAUAUCGCUAAACAGGUAAAUAUUCUUAUAUAUAACGUCUUCUGA